AUGUUCGACGUAUUUGUUCAUUAAUAUUUUUCUUACUAUUGUGCAAUUGCUAUUUUUUUUAAGAAGUACAGAAAGAGAAUUAUACGAGGAAUGGACGACGGGACCUGUUGUAAUGUAAUAAAUGCUUUGGUGGGUGAAUUUAUAAAUGGUGAAAUAACUUCCCAAACGUCCUCAGAAGAUUGUUAAAAGGCGAGGCAAACUCUCGAAGGAGGAUCGAUCUUAUCCAAAAACUGUCCGGUCGCGUAUAGUUUAUUAGGAGGAGUUUGUCUCUGAGCCGCUGCCCCCUCUCACGCCACCUUCAGUAUCAUCAUCAUUCCCGCAUCUUCCCGCAGCUCCAGCGAUAAUCUGUGGGGAAAGCUGAUCGGUUCAACAUGGAUCUGCUGAAUUUCAUGCUUUUUGUAGGGAUCUCCCUCUGCACAGUGAAAGUUUCUCAACAAGGUCCAUCUCAGCGCAAGUUGUACAGUAGCCUGAUGACCGGGUACAACCCGCUGGAGAGACCGGUUUUCAACGACUCUCAGAGCCUCACGGUUUACUUUGGCCUCAGCCUCAUGCAGAUCAUGGAUGUGGAUGAGAAGAACCAGGUUCUAACAACCAACAUUUGGCUUCAGCUGUACUGGAAUGACUAUUACCUCCAGUGGAACCCAGUGGACUACCCAGGCGUGACCAACGUGAGAUUUCCCGACCAUCUCAUUUGGAAACCAGACAUUCUGCUUUACAACAGUGCAGAUGAAAGGUUUGAUGCAACAUUUCAUACCAACAUUUUGGUCAACUCCUCAGGCGCUUGUUCGUAUCUUCCUCCAGGCAUCUUCAAGAGCACCUGCUACAUCGAUGUCCGUUGGUUCCCCUUUGACGUCCAGAGGUGUGAUCUGAAGUUUGGCUCCUGGACGUAUGGAGGCUGGUCCCUGGAUCUGAAGAUGGUGGAGGCAGACAUCACUGGCUACAUCGCCAAUGGAGAGUGGGAUCUUGUUGAGGUGCCAGGUCGAAGGAACGAGCGUUUUUACGAAUGCUGCGAUGAGCCCUACCCUGACAUCACCUUCACGGUGGUGAUGAGAAGACGGACGCUGUACUACGGCCUCAACCUGCUCAUCCCAUGCGUCCUGAUCUCCACCCUCGCUCUCCUCGUCUUCCUCCUGCCGGCCGACUCUGGGGAAAAGAUCUCACUGGGCAUUACAGUUCUGCUCUCCCUGACUGUCUUUAUGCUGCUAGUUGCAGAGAUUAUGCCUGCCACAUCAGACUCUGUGCCUUUAAUAGCUGAAUACUUUGCCACCACCAUGGUCAUUGUUGGUCUGUCUGUAAUUGCAACUGUUUUGGUCCUGCAAUAUCACCACCAUGAUCCUGAUGGAGGAAAGAUGCCAAAAUGGACCCGUGUGAUCCUGUUGAACUGGUGCGCCUGGUUUCUGCGCAUGAAGCGCCCCGGCGAAGACAGAGUGCGCUCAGCCUGCCACAACAAGACCCGACGGAGCAGCCUGACCAGCAUGGACCUCAACGCCAGCAGCUCCGUCUCCCAGUCUACCAACGGCCACAUGCUCUACGUCGGCGUCCGCGGCCUGGAGAGCAUCCACUGCUCCACGGCCGCCACCUCUCCCGAUUCCGGGGUCCUCUGCGGGCGGCUGAUCGGACGAGCCGGCGAGGACGAGUUGCUCCUACCGUCGAGUCAGAGCCCCAACAUGGGAUACAUGGAGCUGGAGCUGGCCAAGAUCCUGGACGAGGUGCGGUACAUCGCCAAAAGGUUUCGUGACCAAGACGAGGACGAGACCGUGUGCAAUGAGUGGAAGUUUGCCGCGUCUGUCAUCGACAGGCUUUGCCUCAUGGCUUUCUCUCUCUUCACCAUCCUCUGCACCAUUGGGAUCCUCAUGUCGGCACCCAAUUUUGUAGAAGCCAUUUCCAAAGACUUUUUUACAUGAGGAGAUUGAAAUAAAAUUUUAAAUAAAUAAAUAAAUAAAAAUCUGGCACACUGCUAAUGAAAUGAUGUAUAAAUUCACAGGGCAGUAAUCUGGAUACAGCCAUUUCUUCUGUUUACAAAUGUGUAUUAUGAUAAAAUGCUCACGGUUUGUCAAAACUAAGUAAAAUUAAAACUCAGUCUGCAGUGUGAAAAUAAGGAAACAAAUCCAUUGCAUUAUAAUGUGACUCCACCCCACACUUUGAAGAAAAUAAAUGCUAUGGCUUUGUACUGUCUGACUACAAA